GGCAGAGGUGGAGGAAGCCGGAAGUGGAUCGGGCCCGGUUUGGUUCGGGCGUUGCGGGUUUGGGGCCUGGGAUCGCUCGGACCCGGGCAGCUGAGGAGCCCGUGACGGGACGGAACGACGCCAUCCCGGCACUGAGGCCUGCUGACUGGCAGGCUCUGUGCGCUCGGCGGAGGUCGGCGGCGACCAGCAGCGACCGCGGAGCGACGGCGGGCGGCCCCGGGCAUGUACGCCCCCGGAGGCGCAGGGCUGCCUGGCGGGCGCCGGCGGAGGAACCCGGGAGGCAGCGCUCUGCCCAAGCAGCCGGAGCGUAGCCUGGCCUCGGCCCUGCCGGGUGCCCUGUCCAUCACCGCGCUGUGCACUGCCCUCGCCGAGCCUGCCUGGCUGCACAUCCACGGUGGCACCUGUUCCCGCCAGGAGCUGGGGGUCUCCGACGUGCUGGGCUCCGUGCACCCGGACCUGCUGAAAGAUUUCUGCAUGAAUCCCCAGACGGUCCUGCUCCUGCGGGUCAUCGCCGCCUUCUGCUUCCUGGGCAUCCUGUGUAGUCUCUCCGCCUUCCUUCUGGAUGUCUUUGGGCCCAAGCAUCCAGCCCUGAAGAUCACCCGUCGCUAUGCCUUCGCCCACAUCCUCACAGUCCUGCAGUGUGCCACCGUCAUCGGUUUUUCUUACUGGGCUUCCGAACUCAUCCUGGCCCAGCAGCAGCAACAUAAGAAGUACCACGGUUCCCAGGUUUAUGUCACCUUUGCUGUUAGCUUCUACCUGGUGGCAGGCGCGGGCGGGGCCUCAAUCCUGGCCACAGCAGCCAACCUCCUGCGCCACUACCCCACGGAGGAAGAGGAGCAGGCGCUGGAGCUGCUCUCGGAGAUGGAGGAGAACGAGCCCUACCCGGCGGAGUACGAGGUCAUCAACCAGUUCCAGCCGCCCCCGGCCUACACACCCUAGUGCCAGCCGUGGGCCCUCCUCCUUGGCAGCCCUCCCCACUCUGCAGCGCCCUCCACACCCAGAGGUGCUCCUUUCCCCAGCAGGCCUCACCAGGAGGAUCCUGACCAUCUUCACCAACCUUCCCCGGGAGAGACUCUGCCUUUAGCGUUGUUCAUGGAUCCCCACUCUCAAAACCUGGGGUUCACUGGUUUUAGAUAAUGGCACUGUUUCCCUUCUUUCCACCCCCCUCUCGUUCCACGGUCACUCGUCAUUACCAACCAGGGAUGGUCGUACACGUUUUCCCCCUUCGUGGGCCCUAUCUCUGAGACUGAGACUUUCCUUGGGGAGCUGUUGACAGUGGACGGUCCCCGCUAGAAGAAGCGUCCACGGGGCCCAAAGGAAAGGGGACCGUGCCCUGUGGGCUCGCCUCAUAGCUGUCCACGUGUGCCCCACAGCGUAGCUCUGGGCUGAGCCCUGCCCCUGCCCCUUCUGGGAGUGCCCAGUACCGGGCUGCCCGCUCUGUGGAAUUCUCUGCACUUUAGUCUUUGGACUGCCUGUCACGUGUGUUCUGGUUCUGCAGGGAGAAGGGGUGGCUGCUGGGAAGCAGAGCACGUGCUCUCCCCGACCCGUCCCUGCCUGGUGGCCGGCGCCCCGGCGUGAGCCUGAGGCCCCCCGGAAAGGAUCAGUGUGAAGGGGGCCAAAUCUCCCCAGCCCUGUCACCUUUUCAAAUGUGAGUGGUUUUAAAAGGGAAAAACAAAACUGAGCAACAACA